AUGUCUCUUCGCAUCGCCGUCGCAUUCUUGAGCGGGCGCCAAACGGUGGUUGAAGCAAAGCCCGACUGGACCAUCAAUGACUUGCGGAGAGCAGCAGAGCUUUCCUUGGGUGCCGGGGUGGCCACACUGAUGACGGGCACGGGGCAGGUGCUUGAGGGAUCAGCGACCUUGAGCCAGGCCGGCUUGCAGAACGAAGAAACCCUGACGGCCACCAUACGGCCGGCAAUGAUUGCGGCAACGAACAAAGCCUUUGCCUGGAUUGCUCUGGAUGUUACUGCUUGGGGCCAUCCGCGGACUGGUGGCGACUGUACGCGUGUACAGGAUCGGCUGGUGGAUGUACGCCAGAUCCAAUCCACCCAUGGUGCCUUUGCAGCGCUCUGCAGCGACGGGAGCGUGGUGACUUGGGGCGACAUGGCAGGAGGGGACUCCAGCCGUGUGCGGCACCGACUGCAGCAGGUGCAGCAGCUCCAGGCCUCUCACGGCGCCUUCGCCGCCGUCCUCCGCGACGGCUCGGUGGUGACGUGGGGACAUCUGGGCUUCGGCGCUGAGAGCCGUGCUGUGCAGGGCCGACUCGAGGGCGUGCGCGCAGUGCAGGCCAACAAGGCCGCCUUUGCCGCGAUCCUGGAGAACGGGCAGGUUGUGACCUGGGGACGGGCCGACUCUGGCGGUGACAGCUCGGAUGAGCAGGACGACCUACGAGAUGUGCGCGCCAUCCAGGCCAGCAACCAGGCUUUCGCCGCAAUACGGGGAGACGGCAGCGUGGUGACCUGGGGUGAUGGAUCCCAUGGAGGACGGAGCGAGAGGGUCCAAGACGAACUGUAUGAUGUGUGUGCUAUCCAAGCCACGAACUCUAGCUUUGCCGCGCUGCGUACCGACGGCUCCGUCGUCACAUGGGCCGGGACGUUUGGUGGGGGCGACUCAAGCAGUGUGCAGACUCAACUUCGAGAGGUGCAGCAAAUCCAAUCCAGCGAGGGGGCCUUCGCUGCCCUCAAAGCCGAUGGCUCCGUAGUGGCGUGGGGCGCCCCUGCCUUCGGUGGGGACAGCAGCUCGGUACAAGAGCAGUUGCACGACGUCAAGUGCAUCCAAUCUUCAUCCGAUGCCUUUGCAGCUCUGCGCGCAGAUGGGACGGUGUGGAGCUGGGGCGACACAGAGCACUGCAAGCGCAGCGCAGCGGUGCAAGACCAGCUCCGGGACGUGUGCGAAAUCCAGGCCACAGACCAGGCAUUUGCGGGUCUCCGCGUGGACGGAUCCGUCGUGACGUGGGGGCACAAGAUGUAUGGCGGUGACAGCGGCCCGGUCCAGAGCCAGCUGCAAGGCGUGAGCAGCAUCCAAUCUUCCCGGAGUGCCUUUGCCGCGUUGCUGGGCGAUGGUUCUGUGGUUUGCUGGGGUGACGCCGCUUCCGGAGGGGCCGGGCCUUCUUUACCCCACAGCCAAAGCACCACGCAGGCUGCCAGAGCAGGAUAUCAGAGCUAA